UUUUAACAUCGAUGCAUUGAUGUUUUCUCACCUCUAGUUUGGAUUUGCGAAGACUUGGCGAUAGUUGGCAUGUUACGUGUGUUUUCGGCUUUCUCGCUUCCUUCUCGUUCUCGUUUCCUUCCUCCUUGAUUCCGAUUUCGAGUGUUGUUAACGUGCGUUGCAACAACAUUGAAAUCAUCGACAGUAAUAUCAACAUCAAAGCGAGGCACCGCGUGAAGCAGCAACUCGACAACAACAAGCACUAUCGCAACAACGUCUCUAACGCGUUCGCAACACACACUUAUUGCGGAGUAUUUUUCGUUUUUUUUUCGCUGCAUUUGUGCUGACUGGCCGCACAAUCGUUCUGUUUCCGCUGACAGCUCCAAAAAAAGAGUUUAAAAACGCCGAAACGAAAAACAAACAAAAGAGUGAAAAAACGCGUGUGUGUGGCGGUCUGUUGCUUAUUUUUUUGUGGUUAAACAGCAACACUAACAAACAACAACUGCAACAACAAGAACAGUUAGCAAUUGGAGCAUCACAAUGACAUCGAAAAAACGCAAAACCCUGCUGGACGCCGACGACGAUGAUGAUAACUUUGAUGAGGACGAUUCGGGCUCCGAUUUCGAUGAUGACGAGGAUCCAGAUCAAAUAGAAGUGCCCGGUGGUGGUCGCGAUCUGAAUACCGCUGUUACCUACGCCCAAAAUAUCCGCAGCGGAGUGGGCGUGGCGCCCAAGGGCAGUACACCAAUACCACUGAGUGGCGCCAAAAUUGUUAUAAGCAACAACAAUAUCAAGCCAAUAUCGCUGUUGCGCAUUAACAACAACAAUAACAAUAACAACAACGUAAUCACCAGCGGUAAUAGCAACAACAACAGCAGCAACAACAAUAGCAACAGCAACAACACAAGCAGCAGUAACGGCAACAAUACCGUUGUACGCCCCAUAAUCACAACAACAGCGGUGGGCGGUACAACGACAGUUGGGGGCGUGGCACUGGGCGGAAAGAUCACACCGAUACCGAUAAUAGCCAGAAAAGUAGCAGUAGAGAAUAAUUUAAACAAUAUGCCAAAGAAAUUAAACAACACGAUAACGGCCAUGGGCAGUCCUGCGGCCAGGAGCAGCGGCAAUGCAACUGGCUCCGCUGGCGGCGGUGGCGGUGGUGCAAUUGGCGGUGGUGGUGGCUCCGCGGCGGGUUCAACCAGCAGCUACUUGAACAGCCUCAGCACCAACGAACUAAUGAACCUGGCCGCCUAUGUGGCCGCCAAGGGUAGCAGCAAUCCGCCUCCUCCGCCCCCAUCGACGGCCGCCAAUUCGGUGAGGAGUCCGCCGGCGGGCGGCAAUCCCGCCGGCAACUUCUUCGGCGGAGCGGCGGCGUCCACUUCAGCCUCUGCUGCUAAUUUCAAUAUGGCCGCGUCUUUAUUGGCGCAGAUGAGUUAUGCAGGCGGAGUGUCGCCCAUUCGUCCCUUUAAGGUUGCCGGCGGAGUCGUUGGGAGUGGCCAGAAGUCCCCGAUGGCCACAUCAGCCGGGGGAGGAGCUGGAGGAGCAGCAGGAGCGGGAAUCGGAGGAGCAGCAGCAGGAGCCGCUGGCGGAGCAGCUGGAGCUGGUGGCAUGAAGGGCAACAUCUCGAUGAUGGAGGCGGUGCAGAAGCUGAUCGCCAUGAACCCGGAAUACCUGACCAGCGGGAUACCGAACAACGUGUUCCAGCUGUUCAUGCAGUCCAUGCAGCGGCCACAGACGACGCCUUCGCCACUGCAGUCGGUGAAUCCCAGCUUCAUGGCGGCCAAGGCAGCUGCUGCCGCGGCAGCUGUCCACGCCUCGGCGACUCCCUUCGUUGUCCAGCAGGAGGAGGACGAGGCCGACUACGAGGAGAUCGGCGUCGCCGAGACCUACGCCGACUAUUGGCCAGCCAAAUUGAAACUGGGCAAGAAGCAUCCGGACGCCGUGGUGGAGACCGCCUCGCUGAGUUCCGUGGAGCCGUGCGACGUCUACUACAAGCUCUCCCUGCCGCCCGAGACGAUAAACAGCGGCCACCUGAGCGCCCUGCAGCUGGAGUCCAUUACGUACGCCUCCCAGGCGCACGAUCACCUGCUCCCCGAUGGCAGUCGCGCCGGUUUCCUGAUCGGAGAUGGCGCCGGUGUGGGCAAGGGUCGCACCAUCGCCGGCAUCAUCUACGAGAACUAUCUGAAGGGGCGGAAGAAGGCGCUGUGGAUCUCGGUGUCCAAUGAUCUCAAGUACGAUGCCGAGCGCGAUCUCAGCGACAUCGGAGCCUCGCGAAUCGAUGUCCAUGCGCUCAACAAGUUCAAGUACGCCAAGAUCAGCUCGGAUGUGAACAACAACUGCAAGCGCGGCGUGAUCUUCAGCACAUAUUCCGCUCUGAUUGGCGAGUCCAACAACAAGACGGGAAAGUAUCGAUCGCGAUUCCGCCAACUGUUGCAAUGGUGCGGCGAGGACUUCGAGGGUCUGAUCAUCUUCGACGAGUGUCACAAGGCCAAGAACCUCUGUCCCGUGGGCUCUGGAAAGCCAACGAAAACGGGUCAGACCGUUCUCGAGUUGCAGCAGAAGUUGCCGAAGGCACGAGUGGUGUAUGCCUCCGCAACCGGAGCCUCCGAGCCGAAGAACAUGGCCUACAUGGUGCGACUGGGUCUCUGGGGUCAGGGCACGGCCUUCGCCAACUUCAAUGACUUCAUCACCGCCGUGGAGAGACGUGGCGUUGGCGCCAUGGAGAUCGUGGCCAUGGACAUGAAACUGCGCGGCAUGUACAUUGCCCGCCAGCUGAGCUUCAAGGGUGUCAGCUUCAAGAUCGAGGAGGUGCCGCUCUCCAAGGAGUUCCGCAAGAUCUACGAUCAGUCCGUGGAACUGUGGGUGGAGGCCAUGCAGAAGUUCACCGAGGCGGCCGAACUGAUUGAUGCCGAGAGCCGCAUGAAGAAGACGAUGUGGGGUCAGUUCUGGUCGUCGCAUCAGCGCUUCUUCAAGUACCUCUGCAUCGCCGCCAAGGUGAAUCAUGCGGUGCUGGUGGCCCGCGAGUCCAUCAAGUACGGCAAGUGCGUGGUCAUCGGCUUGCAGUCGACGGGCGAGGCACGAACGUUGGAUCAACUGGAGAAGGACGAUGGCGAACUCACCGAUUUUGUCUCCACAGCUAAAGGUGUCUUCCAGUCGUUUGUGGAGCGUCACUUUCCGGCGCCCGAUCGGAAUCGCAUCAAUCGCAUUUUGGGCCUCUACGACGAGCCACCCUCGCUGGCCGAUUCCACAUCCAGUUUGGGCAGCAAUAACAACAACACCUCCACCGCUGGCAAGCGAAAGGGUGGCUCCAGCAAAGACAACGGCUCCUCCACGGGUGGCAAGUCCAAGAAGAAGAAGCGCAGUGGUUCCUGGCAGUUCAGCGAUAGCGACAACGAGGACGCGGACAGGAAGAGCAAUCGAAAGCGGGACGCGGCGGGUGGCAACUCCAAUAGCGACAGCGAUGAGGCGAACAGCGACGAGGAGUUCCAGAGCGAUGUGAGCGAGGAGUACGAGGACGACGAGGAUCACGAGGCGGACAGCGAUCGACGCAGCGUGGCCAGCGACGCCAGCUCCGACUUCAAUCCGUUCUUCAGCGGCAGCGACAGCGACAUCGAUCCCUGGGUGAAUGCGCGCAGCAAGAAGUCCACGAAGAAGACGCAGAAGAAGACCAAGAAGAAGGUGAAGAAGGAGAAGGCGAAGAAGGAGGGCACCACCUCCUCGGCAUCCAGUUCGACCACCGCCACCACCGAUCCCAGUAGCAGUGCAUCGAUGUCGGCAACUGUGGCCGCCGCUCUAAAUGCGGCCAAGAGUCGCAAGUCGCAGCUCUCCACGCAGGACAAGAUCCAGGAUCUGCUGCAGAAGAAGCAGGAGCUCAAGGGCACCGUUACGCCGGUGGGCGUCAAUGGGGUUAAGCUCAACUACGGUCCGCCGCCCAAGGAUGCCAUCGAGCGCGCCUGCACCAUGAAGGAGGAGCUGCUGCGCAAGAUCGAGCGACUGGGCGCCCGACUGCCGCCGAAUACGUUGGAUCAACUGAUCGACGAGCUGGGCGGACCCGAUAACGUGGCCGAGAUGACGGGUCGUCGGGGUCGCGUGGUCCAGAACGACGAUGGCUCCAUUCAGUACGAGUCGCGAACGGAAUCGGAUGUGCCGCUGGAAACGCUGAACAUCACGGAGAAGCAGCGCUUCAUGGACGGCCAAAAGGAUGUGGCCAUCAUCUCGGAGGCGGCCUCCAGUGGCAUUUCCCUGCAGAGCGAUCGCCGGGUGUUCAACCAGCGGCGGCGUGUCCACAUCACCUUGGAGCUGCCCUGGUCCGCCGAUCGAGCCAUCCAGCAGUUCGGCCGCACCCAUCGAUCCAAUCAGGUGAAUGCGCCCGAGUACAUCUUCCUCAUUUCGGAUUUGGCUGGCGAGCGGAGAUUCGCCUCCACGGUGGCCAAGCGAUUGGAAUCGUUGGGCGCCCUGACGCACGGCGAUCGCAGGGCCACGGAGACCCGAGAUCUCUCCCAGUUCAACAUUGACAACAAGUACGGUCGCCAGGCCCUCGAAACGGUGAUGCGCACCAUAAUGGGCUACGAAUCGCCGCUGGUGCCGCCGCCCACGGAUUACAGCGGGGAGUUCUUCAAGGACAUCGCCGGUGCUCUGGUCGGUGUGGGCAUCAUCGUGAACAGCGAGAGCCAUCCGGGUGUGCUGAGUCUGGACAAGGACUACAACAACAUAUCAAAGUUUCUCAACCGCAUCCUCGGCUGUCCGGUGGACCUGCAGAAUCGCCUGUUCAAAUACUUUACGGACACCAUGACGGCCAUCAUUCAGCAGGCGAAGCGCGGCGGUCGCUUUGAUUUGGGCAUUGUGGAUCUGGGAGCUGCUGGCGAGAAUGUGACCCGUUGCCGACUGAUUCGGUUUGUGCGCAAACAUGCCACUGGAGUGGCGCCCACGGAGAUGCACACGGUUCGCGUGGAGCGCGGCAUGAUCUGGCAGGAGGCCAUCGAUAAAUAUGCCGAUCUCUUUAACGAGAACGAGGGCUUCUACCUGUCCCACCAGCUGCGCAAUCAAAAGCGCACCGCCAUCAUGGUGGUCAUCCUGGAGCAGCAGCCAUCGCGCACCACCAGCUCGACGAGCAGCACCACCGAUUCGGAUGGCAACGGCAAGAAGAAGAAGUCGCGCAGCAAAAAGGAGAUCAUGUGCCAGAUCUAUCGGCCCAACACCGGUCUUCAGGUGCGCCACGAAUCGCUGUUCGAGCUGGAGAAGAAGUACCGCAAGGUGAACAGCGAGGAUGCGGAGCCGCACUGGACGGAGCAGUACGAUGCGUCGGUGAACACCUGCUCGCACGCCUACUGGAACGGCAACUGCAGGAACGUCAGUCUGGGCAACGACUGCGAGGUGGGAUUGCGCCAGCGUUUGUACCACGUGCUGGCAGGAUCGGUGCUCUCCGUUUGGGGCCGGGUGGAGCACAUACUGAAUACACGUUCCAACAGCAAGAUGCAAGUGAUACGCAUGAAGACGACCGAGGGCGAGAAGAUCGUGGGCACCUUGAUACCCAAGUCCUGCUUCGAGCCACUGGUGGCCGAUCUGCGCAGCGAUUCGGAGAAGCAGGAGGAGUUCAACUACUAAGUUGUGUGAUUUUGUUUUGUUAUGGCUUCACUUUUGAGACCGCCUAUCCACGAAUCUUCCGAAACAGAGGCCAAGCAAUAUUCGAGUCCACAGCGGAUGGUAGGCGGCGAGCAUUAUGAUAGGCUCCAACGUAAUCUAUAUAUAUAUAUAUAUAAAUAUAUAAAUACUACUAUAAUUAAACUUAAUAACUUAGAGUAUGUGUAAAAGGACAUGAAGUAUAUGGCUCCAGGACAGCAGCAAACGCUUGUGAAAGCAACACAUUUUUUUUGACUUAAUUUUAAAUAGUUUUUAGUUUGUACAACCCAAACGCACGUACAUACCAACCCAUCCAUGAUAGAACUCGACUUUGGCUCGUCAUAGCUCAUAAAAAAACAAGGAGUUCAAGUCUCUCAAGUGGACUGCAUAUAAAAUAGGAAUCACUUUUGGAAAAAAAUAACAGAAACGUAAUUUCAAAAUGCCUUUAACUCUUUAAAAACUUUCUUGAAACCUUUUAAGUUUACUCUUGUCACUGUCCACUUGGGAGAUUUUGAAUCGAAACUUACAUACAGACACCCGCGAAACGCAAAGAUAAUGGAUAUAUAAAGAACGAAAUGAAAACGCUUAUAAAUGGACUUCUCUCAAUGAUUUAUGAUAAUUUAAAUUACGGCUUAAGUUAACGCCUACGUUUACACAGCAUAAACCGCCACGUUUUGUAAACUAUUUAUUAUUAAAUUUAUUACUAUAUAUAUAAAUACGUUUUUUAAUUGUUUUUAAUGUAACAUUUUUAAGAGAAAACCCCAAGCUAAGGCAUUUUUUUUUGAAAUCAAACAAAAACAAAUUGUAAUUAGGUAUCUACAUGUAAUGACUAUAUAAGUUUAACUUAAAUUAAGCCAACUGACAUUGAGAGGCAUCUGAUGAAUUAGGAAGUAGUUCCGGGCCGAAAUGAGGUUCGCCGGAAACUGAUGUGAAUGAUUGUGCACACGUACGUACAAUUAAUAAAUAUAUAUGUGCGGAUUUAA